UCUAGGCGUGUUUCCUGCUGCCAUUGACUAAAACCGAGAGAAGGCAUCCUGCGGGGAAAAAGCAACAAACAGCUUUUACGCGUUUGUGUCCAUUCAGACGGUUAUUUCUUUUAUCUGACGGGUUUCUUUUUUUAUUUUUAAUACAUGAAGGCUCAGUGACCAUGAGCAGCAGCAUGGUCACAGUCUAAUGUCCGUGGACGCGAGUAGGAUCAUUUAUGAUUUACCGAGAUGAUAUGAAUGUCAAUCGGUCAAGGUCCGCGCUCCCAAUGCAACAGCCACGGCUGGAUCAUCUAGCGUCUGCUGGGAAACAUCUGCCGCAAGCAUUUGGAUGAAUUUCUUUUCUAUGUAUUUGUAUUAUUAAUAUAGGCUGGUGAGAGGCUUGAGAUUGUCUGUGUGUGAGAAAGCAGCGUGGGACUGUGGGAAUGACAUGCUGCAGUAAAGACGGGAAACUGGAAAUAAUAAUGGAUCAGAAAACUGAUGAUGUGACUGCGACACUUUAAAAAGAAAAUGCUGGUGCAGAAAUCUUUCUUAUUACUGAUAUAACAGCUGAUAUAAACCCAAAGAAGGACCGAGGACACCAUGUCGGCGGUGAUGAUAACACGGAAGGUGCGAAAAUGGGAGAAGCUCCCGGGGAAAAACACUUUCUGCUGCGACGGCCGGGUGAUGAUGGCCCGACAGAAGGGAGUCUUCUACUUGACUCUGUUCCUCAUCAUCGGGACCUGCUCUCUCUUCUUCGCCUUCGAAUGUCCAUACCUGGCUGUCCAUCUAUCUCCUGCCAUCCCAGUUUUUGCCGCCCUGCUCUUCCUCUUCGUCAUCGCCAUGUUGCUGAGGACCAGCUUCAGUGACCCUGGAGUGCUGCCACGGGCGCUUCCAGAAGAAGCCACGUUCAUCGAGAUGGAAAUCGAGGCUGCCAAUGGGAACGUCCCCGCAGGCCAGCGCCCUCCACCUCGCAUCCGCAACGUUCAGAUCAACAACCAGAUCGUCAAGCUCAAGUACUGCUACACCUGCAAGAUCUUCCGACCACCUCGAGCAUCUCACUGCAGCAUCUGUGACAACUGCGUCGACCGUUUUGAUCACCACUGUCCAUGGGUAGGCAACUGUGUGGGCAAGAGGAACUACCGAUACUUCUACAUGUUCACCCUGUCGCUCUCCCUGCUCACCAUUUAUAUCUUCACCUUCAACAUCGUCCACGUGGUCAUGCGUUCAGUGGAUAAUGGCUUUUUGAACACUUUGAAGGAAACACCUGGAACUGUGCUGGAGGUGUUGGUGUGUUUCUUCACCCUGUGGUCGGUGGUGGGACUGACGGGCUUCCACACCUAUCUGAUCUCUCUCAACCAGACCACCAAUGAGGACAUUAAAGGAUCCUGGUCGGGGAAGAACAGAGUGCAGAACCCAUACAGCCACAAGAACAUCAUCAAAAACUGCUGCGAGGUGCUCUGCGGGCCGACGUACCCGAGCGUCUUGGACAGAAGAGGAGUGAUGCAGGAAGACUCUACUGUUUCUGCUACGUCUGCUGCACCCUCCUCCUCCAGCAGUUGCAACCCAGUGUCACAAACCACAAAAACCACGGCUCCACUCAUCCCUAAUGAGCACACACCUGAUGAUGCCAAGCCGAGCAUUGCGGUCUCAGCAGAAAAGAGCACCUCCCCCAAAGAGGAGCUCCCUCCUGCUUCAAAGGUCCCGCCCCUGGCUUCUCCCGAGACUGAUGCAGAAGCAUCCAUCGCCAAGGACAAGGGCCAUUAGCUGCAUGAGGGGGCGGCUCUCAUCGUAGCCACUCCCCCGACAUCCUGCCCAGUCAGAAACUGAAACAUUAAUAAUCAACUUGUGAUUACUGUGCGGGUGACUCAGUUAUUCUCCGACUGCCGCCCUACAUUCCACCAGAAGAGAAGAGUUUUUGCAGCAGCUCCUCCUCUUCCCUCCUCUCCUCACCAGUAGCUGCAGAGCUGUUUGAUUGACACUUGCUCCUGCAGGAGGCGGAUGGGGUGAUUUAAUGGAAAGUCAGCAGCUUUUCUGUCUCCUGAACACUGCAUGGAAAAGACACGCAGGGGGAGAAGCUGCUGGAAGAACUGCAGAGGAAAACAAAACUCUCCAAGCAUAUGACAUCCCUGCAGGUCACCUGUGGGUCGCUCUAAUUGUCAAUACUACUUUUAUUCUUUAUUUAAAAUUGCAUAAUGACAUUUAUUGUGAGAUGCCAGUUCAAAUAUACUCCUUGCAAGUGUCUGGCAAAGACGAUAUUACUUCUGGACGUGUAUAAAACUUCAUACAUACGGUCAGUUCUCUGUUGUGUGCACAUUACAUGCCCUAUGCAAACCAUGAGAUGGCUCGACAAGCAGCUUUGUGAUGAUGAGAGUUAACACCUGUCAGUCAGUGAGUACACAUGAUGUCCAGGCACGAGGAGGACAUGCAAAUCUUUAGCUGAGAUAUCCUAAAGGCUCCUUCCAGGCAAGUGAAAAUCUACCUUGUAUUCUGAUAUUGCUGCAUUCAGUACUGUUGUUACUUACGUGCACCUUUUGUUUUCCUAAAGUGAUCCAGACCAACGCCUGUCCUUCCAUUUUUAUAUAAUCAAGGAUGUAGUGUGACGUCGGUGCUCUGAAAUAGAUGAAAUUGCUUGGUGAGUCUUGUAUCCAGGAGACGCUCAGCCAGAGUCCCAGUAUGUGUGUGAGAGAGACGACCUGACUUCUGAUGAUAGUAGACACUAGUAGUAACAGUGCCUUAUCAUGUAAUAGUUGCACUUUCAGAUGCAACUAAGGUCGACCAACAGAGGAGCCUUUGAUCCGUUCUAACCACUGACACAGUGUUCAAUGAGAAAUGACGACUUUUAUCAGUCCAGUGGUUCCCAGCCUGCAGGUUUGGACCCCCACACAUAGUUUCAAGAUCAUCUAAGGCAGUGGUUCACAACUGAUCCAGCCACAGUGUCCAGAUUUCUUUUCUCUCCUUCGUCAUUAGUUCAAUGUCCACACAGUCUAAAAUAUUCAGCGCCAUCCUUGCGUGUGGCCAUGUCAAUAGGUUAUUCACUUUCCUGCAGAGAGUUAGACGAGAUGAUCGCCACCACUCUCAUGUAUGUGUAAUGAAUAUGAAGCUACAGCCAGUAGCUUGUUAGCUUAGCUUAGCAUAAAGACUGGAAACAAGGGGAAACAGUGAGCCUGGCUCUAUCCAAAACUCAAAAAUACACCUACCAGCACCUCUAAAGCUAUCUAUUGAUUUGUUUAAACUGUACAAAAAACUUUGUGUGAAAACAACAGGAAGUCAAGAAAGAGUUUCACCUGUACACAAUAAUCAAAUGCAAUACAGCAUAUUUAAUUCAUGAGUUUAAAGCUGCUUUCACACGGCCCUGACAACCACCCUGACGACUGCCCUGACAACCACCUACCGAAGAAAGAGAAGUCAAGAAAGUCCCAAAAAGCAAAUUGUUUAUUUUAUAAACUAUUUAUUUGGCUUAUUAUAUAUGACAGUCUGGGUGUGAAAGGGGCAGAGAGAGGGGAUAACAUGCAGCGAAGGCCUGCAGGCUGGAAUUGAACACAUUGCCACUGCGGCAAGGACACUGCCUUUGUAAGUGGGACGCCUGCUCUACUCACUAAGCUACUGGGCACCCUGCAAAGUGUUUUUAAAAGUGGCUGCUGUGGCUUCAGUCCAAGGCUGCGAUGAAAGGCAGAUACAUUGGUGACCAUCACUGGUAGAAGUGCAAGCUAGCUUGUAGUUGCAUACUGUAACAAGACUAAAGAAAUCACUGAAAUUACCAAAGAUUUAUAAAUGUUGGACAGCUUACCAGUCAUCUAUCUUUGGUGGAAAUGUUUCUCUUCUGGUUGUCCUUAUAGGUUGCUAGGCUUGUCUGCGUAUAGAGACAUCAACAUAAUCAGCUCUUCCAUCUUGUCUUCUUUCUGCUUCCAAUAGAUCGGCCAAAGUCAAGCAGCUAUUGCCAGAAGUUCAACAGGGUGCUGGCAGGCUGAAUUUGUAUUAUUAUUUGUUUAAUCUUUGGACCAAGCCAGGCUACCUGUUUCCCCCUGUCUCCAGUCUUCUUUAGGCCAAGCUGAGCAAAAUAAAAAGUGAACCAUCCCAGUGGUCCAUGUUUUGCUUUUAACAAGAGAGAAAAGAAACAUGCUACAAAUCUCUGCUUUUUUUCCUUAUGAAAUCCUGUGAAUUUUUCUUUGGAAAUUCUUUAAAAUCCAAUCUGAGAAGGAAAUUGUACUCGUUUGAACUGGUGACAGCUGGUUUUAAUGAGUCACCGCUCUGACAGGUUGGGAACCACUGAGUUAGACCCCGUGAAGCAAAAACUAAGCAAAGCCAUGGUUGAACUGUACAUAGUUUUAGCAGGUAAAGAUGUACUGAAACCCUCUCAGCUGUUUGGUGAGGAGGAAAGACUGCAGCAGAAAUUUAUUUUGUUGUGUUUUAUAAGUACGGCCGGUGUUAAUUACGCUGCCUGUGAGCUUGAGCACCUCCUCCUGCUAAUCACACCAGAACUGAUCUUCCUCUGAGUUCUUUUUGCUGUCUGUCCUCCCUCUAUACAAACAUAUUAAACUCCUCUCCUUCUCCCUGCAUCUUUGCUGUGACAGAUAUCCUUACAGUACGCCCAGGGCCGAGGCCGCCUCCGCUGCAGCCGUCUGUGGCAGGCUCAUUAUCGCCGAGAACGAAGCUGAGGCAGAGAGAUCCUUUCUUUUCACACAUCUAUGUAUGUCAGCCUUUAAUGUGGCUCGAGAGUUUAUUUUGUUUUGGUCACAGAUUGCUCAAGGGGACAGCAUCCACACUGAGGAAAGACAGAGAGAGAAAGCGAAGCUUCUUUUAGUAUUUAAAUGAUGUUAGCUGAUAGCGAGGGUUUGUAAUAGUGAUUGUGUUGUAUGCAAGACAGAGUUAGUAUUUGUGAAAUAUACUUGUGUAGAAGUUCUAGUGUAUCAGCAGCAUUGUAUCAGAAAUUUGCCCGAGAUUAUUUAUUAUCAAGACUCCAGACAGUCACAAUAUCUCCUAAAGAUUUUUUCCAAACAGAGUGGAAAAUGAAUUUUAGGAUGCUGAGAUUGUUGGCAGCUGUUUGAUUGUUUGCAUUGUACCAUAACAAUAACGAAGUAGUUGAAGGCAUAAGAUAUCAGACACCCUGUAUGAUAAAAGCUUAAUGUAAGCCUGUUCUUUUCCAUUGUAGGUUCAUCUGUGGAUGAUUUUCUUGGUUAACUGAUUGAUAGUUUGGUUUAUAUCAUGUCAAAAAAGUUGACAUAUUGAAGUUGACAUAUUAUUUUGUCAAACCAACAGGUCCAUAACUUCAAAAUAUUCAAUUGACUAUUAAAAAAAUCAGAAAAAAUGUACAUUUGAAAAGCUGGAACUAGCACAUUUUGGGCAUAUGUGCUUUAAAUAUUAGUUGCCAAUCAAUUUUCUGUUGAUCGACUAAUCGAUAGAUCAGCAAUAGAUUAGUCUCUACACACUCUGAGAAAAGGAAAGAUAAGUGACACAUCUCUAUUUGAAGAAGCUGUAAAGUGUGUGGCAGUAUUUGUUUCUGUGAAGUAUAAAAAAGUGAAACUGCUGAGUAUUUGUUUGGAAAACUUUACAGUAAGAAGUACUAACUCAAGACCAGGUUUUAAAGCUGAAGUUAGUGGCUGAACUUUCUUUGUGGAAAGUAUUUGAAGACAGUUUUGUGUAUUUGAUCGCUUUGCGUUGCUGUCACCGAGAAGCAAGAAUGUAUGUGAUUGAUACUCUAUAAAAGAAGGGACGGGAGAUUUUGAAAGGGACAUUUGAAGUUUAAUUUUUAGCUCUUAAGGCUAUAGAGACUGUAGAUUCAAGCUGAGCUCUUGUACGUAUGAUUCCUGUGUUAAAAUGCCAUGACGUGGUCAGAUCUGAAUGCUCUGAUCAAGCUAUUACAUUGCAUUAUGUAUACAGAUACAGUACUAUACCAUUGAUGGAACUCUUUAUUUAUGUUCACUUUGUUUAGUAUCAGCACUGUGAUUAUAUGUAUUUCAUUCAAUUUACUUCACUUCUUUUUACAUGAUCAGUGUGUCUGGUAAAUAAACAAUACUGUCUUAUUAUUAUUA